AUCAGCAUGGGCAGGAUGCCGGCCGGAGAGCUGCUGGCCGCCUUCGAACUCAUCGAGCUGGACUACUCCACCUUCGGCGAGCCGUCCCUCCCGGGCGGCGUGGACCCUCAGGAGCUGACCUACCUGCAAGAGCAGCGCUGCUAUGACAUCCCAGAGGGGGUGCGACCGGUCCUCAGGAACUUCAGAAUUGAGGUGCUGUUCUGGGGCUUGCGCGAUCUGAAGCGCGUGCAGCUGUUUGAGGUGGAGCGCCCCCUGGUGAUGGUGGAGUGCGCCGGAAAGCAGUUGGAGUCCGAGGAGCUGGAGAGCUACAAGACCCACGCCAACUUCAAAGAGUCCGUGCGCUUCCUCCACGUGAAGCUGCCGGAGCAGGCUUACCUCCACCCGCCUCUGAUGCUGUUCGUGGUGGAGCGGAGAGCGUUCGGACGUCAGGUCCUGGUCGGGACCCACGUGGUCCGGAGCCUCAUGGAUUUUGCCACGCCUGACCUCUGGGACGAGCCGGAUGAGGAAGACGAAGAGCCCAAACCUAAAGUGAAGAAGAAGAAGAAGAAGAACAACGCUGUAUCGAAGACCAGCACACUGAAGUCCCUCAGCAAGAUCAAACUCGGCAACCUGUCAAUCAAAGAGUCGACGAUUCCCAACAUCAAACUGAUCAACGCUCCUCUGAAGAAGCUGCUCAAGGACAAGGACGAGCUGGAGGAGGACGUGCCGGAAAACGAGGAGCUGGACUGGUGGUCCAAGUAUUACGCAUCCCUGGAAGAGCUGGAGAAGCAGGCUGCUGAGGAGCUGAGGAAGCGCGAGGAGGAGGAGGAACAAGAUCAAGAGACCGAGGGACAACAUGCAACAAACGGGGAAGAUGUGGACGCGGUGGUGGUGCAGAUGGAUCCUCCCAAGCGCAAGAAGAUCGCGACGCUCGAGUUGUACGCGGGCGACUUGGAAUCGGAGUUCAGUCAGUUCCAGGACUGGCUGCAGGUGUUCCCGUUGUCGAAGGGCCGAGCGAUCGGCGAGGAUGCCGACGAAGGCGAGGACGAGCGCCUGAUGGGAAAGUACAAGGGUUCCUUCCUGGUCUACCAGAUCGAUUCGGACGACGAAGAUGACGUCAAGUGUUACAUCACCAAAGGGAUCCCCCAAAACUCGCCGGUCAAGGUGCUGGUUCGCGUCUACGUGGUCAAGGGCAGCAAUCUGGCUCCCGCUGACCCCAACGGCAAAGCCGACCCGUACCUGCUGCUCCGCGUUGGGCAACAGUGUCAAGACACCAAAGACCGCUACAUCCCCAAACAACUCAACCCUGUCUUUGGGGAGGUGUUUGAACUGACGGUGUCUUUCCCGCUGGAGACGGAGCUGUCGAUCAGGGUGAUGGACCACGACAUGGUGGGCGCAGACGACUUGAUCGGGGAGACGCGGGUGGACCUGGAGAACCGAUUCUACAGCCGGCACCGAGCCACUUGCGGCUUGGCCCUUUACUACGACGCCGAGGGUUACAACGCAUGGCGGGACGCCAAAAAGCCUUCCGUCAUCCUGUCCGAGCUCUGUAAGAAAAACGGCAUUCAGGCCCCGGAAUAUCGUCCGGCCGAGGUCAAAGUCCUCAACAAGAUCUUUAAGAUCCCGGCAGAUGCCAUCCCAGAAGAUUUGCUGAAGAAGCCGAAUCGUACCGCCGAGGAGGAGGCGGCGAUGGAGGAGCACGCGGCCGUCAGCGUGCUGCGACGUUGGGAACAGAUGAGCGAGUUCGUCCCGGGAGCGGUGGCGCUGGUCCCCGAGCACGUGGAAAUCCGCUCACUCAUCAACCACGACAAACCCGGACUUCCGCAGGGUUACCUCCACAUGUGGGUGGACAUGUUCCCGACGGACGUUCCAGCGCCGCCGCCUGUGGACAUCAAACCUCGACUACCCGUACAGUACGAGCUGCGCGUGAUCAUCUGGAACACGGACGACGUCUUCCUGGACGACGUCAACCCGUUCACCGGCGCCGCGUCAUCCGACAUCUACGUGAAAGGUUGGAUUCGAGGCCUGGAAGGCGACAAGCAGGAGACGGACGUCCACUUCAACUCGCUCACCGGGGAGGGAAACUUCAACUGGAGAUUUGUCUUCCGCUUUGACUACCUGCCCACCGAGAAAGAGGUGGUUUUCAAGCGCAAGGAGUCCUUCUUCUCUCUGGAGGAGUCCGAAUUUCGCCAGCCGGCCGUUCUCACGCUACAAAUUUGGGACUACGACCGCAUCUUGGCCAACGACUUCCUCGGCUCGUUGGAUCUGCGGCUAAGUGAGAUGGUGCGCGGCGCCAAAUCGUCCGGCAAGUGCACGGCGCAGAUGGCCAAGGAGCGCGCCGGCCCGCGGGCCUCCAUCUUCCGCAGCAAGAAGUUGAAAGGCUGGUGGCCGCUCACCCGCCGCCAGACGCCCGAGGACCUGCGGCGCCAGGAGGCCGAGCGCAACCAAAAGCCAAACAAGAAGAAGAAGAAAGACGUGAAGACGGACGACGUCCAGUUCACCGACAGCGAUGGAAACAUCCACUUGCUCAUGGGUAAAGUGGAAGCGGAACUCCAGUUGGUGACGUUGGAGCAAGCCGAGGCCAAUCCAGUCGGACGAGGCCGCAAAGAGCCAGAACCGCUGGACAAACCAAAUCGUCCCACCACCAGCUUCACGUGGUUCGUCAACCCCCUGAAGACGUUCAUCUUCAUCAUCUGGAAGAAGUUCAAGAAGUUCAUUGUGACUUUGGUGGUUCUCGUCAUGUUGGCGCUCUUCUUGGGCCUGCUGGUGUACUCGCUGCCGCAACAAGUCACACGGCUCCUCGUCACUGGGUGAACAGCGGCAACGUUAGCGCUAAAGUCAUGUUUGACUCCACUCUUAUGCUGACGGCGGCGUCACUCGCCGGAAUACUCUAUUUGUUGCGUUGGCCUGCAAUUGAAAUUUUGGCUUGUAAUUUCCUUUUUUUCUUUUCUUUCUUUUUUUUGGUGUAAAGUGACACAAUUGACUUUUUUCUUUUGGAUUCUUUUUCAUUUGUAACGUUAUUUUUAUGCACUCAUCUCAGUCAUUUUUAAAAUGUUCACACUAUUUUGAGAAUUUUGGCCAUGUUUGAAAAUUCAAGAUUGACUCAAACAUUUGACACGUGAAAUCAAUUUUGAUGGAAUUCCGAUGUCAUGUCGAUGUCGAAUUGACACCAGAUACCCUAGUGGGUAAUUAUUUCAGUGAGUCAUGUAUUUAUUUCUAAUUGAUUGUAAUUGACAUUUUUUUUCCCACAAGACUGACUAAAA